GCAUCAGUUCCAACGGUUUCUUCGUAUAGCCAAGAAGUCACGUCCUUUCCAAUAGACCACACACUCAUUUUAAUCAUCGGAGUAAAAUGAAACUCUUCAUCGCCGCCACUCUUGCCUUGGUCGCCUUCGCCUCGGCCGAUGUUAGCCAUUUGUCAAGGACUUACUUGCCUCCUAGCAGCGCUCCCGCUCCAGCACCAGAAUACUUGCCUCCAUCGUACUCAUCAGGCGGUAGCGGUGGCGGUUCAUACUCUUCCGGCGGUGCUGGAGGUUCAUACUCAUCAGGUGGAUCUCUAGGCGGUUCAUACUCAUCAGGUGGAUCUCUAGGCGGUUCAUACUCUUCCGGUGGUGCUGGUGGCUCAUACUCAUCAGGUGGAUCUCUAGGCGGUUCUUACUCUUCCGGUGGUGCUGGUGGCUCAUACUCUUCAGGUGGUGCCGCUCCAUCAAACGAAUACUUGCCACCUGUACAGAGCUACUCACCACCCGCUCCAGUAUACUCUGCCCCCGCUCCAGCUCCAGUCUACUCUGCCCCAGCUCCUGCUCCAGUGUACUCUGCCCCAGCUCCAGCUCCAGUAUACUCUGCGCCAGCUCCAGCUCCAGUUUACUCUGCCCCAGCUCCAGCUCCAGUUUACUCGGCUCCAUCAUACUCUUCAGGUGGUAGCAGUGGUGGUUCUUACUCCAGCGGCGGUUCAUCUGGUUUCUCCGGUCCAUCCAACACCUACUUGGCUCCAGCUGCUCCAAGCUACUCAACAGGCGGUUCUUACUCAAGCGGUGGUGCUGGCGGCUCAUACUCUAGCGGCGGUGCUGGCGGUUCAUACUCUAGCGGCGGUGCUGGUGGCUCUUACUCCAGCGGCGGUGCUGGUGGUUCUUACUCUAGCGGCGGUGCUGGUGGCUCUUACUCCAGCGGUGGCUUUGCAGGUAUCUCUGGCCCAUCAAACGCCUACUUGGCUCCAGCGGCGCCUAGCUACUCGUCAGGUGGUUCCUCCUACUCGUCAGGCGGUUCAUCUUACUCUGGUGGUGAUGUUGGUACUCAAUACGCUUCCAACGGUGGUUACGUCUACAGAAAGAAGUAAAUCGCUUGGAACUAUAAUUAGUCGAAAUGUGUUUGUACUUAGGAUACCUUAGCAAUAUUUUUUUUACAUGCCGUUAAAUUGCUUUCGGUUAUCACAUCUACAAGUCAGAAAAGAACCAUCUCAUUACUCUCAGACAUUAUGUUGUAAAUAGUAAUUCUUCUUUUAAUUAAAUUCAUUUUUAUUUUAUA